GAAACGAGCCGACAGUCCGGCCGCACAUACACACGUGCCGCCGCCGCCGCCGCCGCCUCCACGCGCUCGCUCGCCUUAGAAAAAAGGAGGAGAGCACUUUCCGUAUUUGGUGCAGCGGCCAAACACCGUCUGCUCCGCAGGGUAAACAAAGCCGCCGGUGCAUACGGACGCGUGCUCCCGUCAGCUGAUUAGUCUCUGCCUUCGUCGUUCAUCGCGCAUUGGCUCGUCUGGAUCAGUGGAGCAGUGGAUUUUUUCACCCGUGACUUUUCUCUCGCGACUCCGAGCCUCAAGAGGAUUUGGUGCGCGUGUGCAGUGCAGCUAGCUCGUCUAGCCGCGCGCUCGCGCGGCGGCAGCUUCAUUCAUAAAAUCGGCCGGCGCGCGAAACGUGUUUCGUUACGCUCGAGGGAGCCAGCCGCUGAACCAAUACACACAAACACAGCCGAGACGUAAACGAGCGAGGGAGAGAAGAAAAAAUCGCGGCGCCUGGCUGGAGGCGUCUGGCGUGUUACACACGGAUAGACUGCAGACACGCAACAGCCUGCCCGGAGGAAAAUAUGCCCGCCGCUCGCUGCCGCGGUCAGCUGCUGGACCAACUCCUGGUGCACGUGCUCGCGUGUGCGACUUGCGUUUAGUGCGACCGACCGAGGAUAGUAUCUCGUGCUGGCGCGAGUGCGGCGACUUUACGAGGGCGUGUUUUCCCGAUUGCCAUCGUCGCCGCGCAGGACAACCGCUGCACGCGAGCCCGGCUCCGACGCCAGGAUUCGCUGAUCGCCACUGCUCCGGAGGAUAGAAACGAAUGGAACCGAAGGGAGCAGCGAUUAAUCCGGCGAGUGGCUCUCGAGCCCACAACGUCGGCACACGAGGCUCUAGUCAUCAUCAUCUACGUUGGUUCAAAGCCAGAAGAUACCUGCGCCUCUACGAAAACAUGUGAGUGCUUCCGUGCGCAGGCUUGCAACACGGACACUUGAAAAGCGAAAAAACUCUAUCUGUUCCGAACAGAGGAGACAAACUUGUGAUACAUUAUGAGCACGGGCUGCGUAUGUGAUGCGCAGCGAUGUUAAACUGACACACAGAGUCUAUAUAUAGUUUGUUAUUGUUGUUGUUACGAGAAGUAUUUAAGGAGAAGUAAGCAAACGCACUCACUACAAGUAUUAAAAAUGGUUACCCUGGACACCGAGCAGAAACCCGAGAGGCAGCACUGCGGUCGUCGCAUGUGCGCAAUAUGCAGGCGCGUCAGACGUGAUAAAGCGCUGAAGGUGAAGCUGAUGCUUAGGCGGCCGUACAACCAACUAGUCGCCCAAGGAAUCGUGCCUCCUCUGAAAACGCCGCCGGCUUUCCACGAGCAGGCGAAACAGCUGGAGCGACGCAAGACCGGCGACCUGCUGAAGGCGAAGAUUCAGCAGAGGCCCGGCAGGGAGGAGCUCGUGCGGCAGCACAUCCUCGAGGACGUCGGCCACGUUGACCCGAGCCUGGCCGAGCGCCAGCGCAUGCUCAAGAAGGCCCGCCUGGCCGACCAGCUGAACGACCAGCUCAGCCACAGGCCCGGACCCCUCGAGCUCAUCCAGAAGAACAUACUCCACACGGAGGAGCCCAUCGAGCGGGCCGUCAAAGAGGGCCACAUCCCCUUCAAGGCGACAUGCGAGGGUCAGCUGACGAAGCCCCAGCACCCGGACCACUACAUCACCUUCGAGGAUGACUCGCAGAGCUCCGAGGGUGGCGCACCCUCGCCGCCGCUCGAGGUCGCCUCGAGGUCGAGCACGAGCCCCUCGAUGACGACGACGAUGACGACGAGCACGACGACGGCGACGACGGCGACGACGGCGACGACGGGCACAGCCGAUGUCCUCGAGACCGCCGCCACGUCCGCCGGCAUCGUCACAGUCUCCCUCAGCAUACCCACGACCGAGGGCGCCGUCGUCGUCACCUCCACCUCGCCCGUCUUCCAGAAUUCCAGCCUCGCGCAGCAGCAGCAGCAGCAGCAGCAACAGCAACAGCAGCAGCAGCAACCGGCGGCCCAGAGCGUCGAGACCUCCAACAUACAGACCUUCGCCGAGCUCUGCAACUCCGUCGUCGGGAACCAGGAGCUCCAGCAGCAGGGCCAGCACGUCGCGGCACAGGUAGCCGACAGUCCGCUGCUCAUCUCGAUUGCGAGUCCGGCGAGCAGCAUGUCCUCGACGACGACACUGCUGCCGCUGGCCCCGGCGCCGAGUCCCAUGUCGCUGGGCUCGACGACGUCCAGCCUCAGUCCGCUGUCGAACAUCUCGAUAGCCUCGCCACCGGCGGCCAUCACCCCGAGGCCGCAGCCUAGUCCCAUCGCCGCCGCGACCGGCGGCCAGCAGCGCAGCGACGCGCCCGGCAAGGACAAGAACCGCAAGAAGUCCAAGACCAAGAGCCAGCCCAAGACCAGGACCAUCAAGUUCCACGAGUACAAGGGCCCGCCAAACGCUCAGAAGACCAGCAGCUCCUCGUCGACUUCCGGCCUCGCAUCUGCGCCGCAGAACGAGACUAGCUACGAGAUUAUGCUGCAGCAGCAGCAACUUUUCCUUCAGUGGCAGGUCGAGAUUAAGAACAUGGGAAGCGGACCGAUUCAUCAACAGAGAAUGUACCCGCAGCUGAUCCUGCCCGCGGGGACGAAGCCCAUCUCGCUGACGAGCAGUAGUGCUGCUAGCGACAGCGGUAGCGUCAGCGGCGUCAGCGUCAGUGCCCCCAGUCCAGCGUCCUCGAACGCCUCGAGCAACCCCUCCGAGCAGCCGCCCCUCAGGCCACUCGGCAAACUGGAGGACAUGAAGGUCAGCGACCUGAAGGUCGAGCUGAAGCGUCGGAACCUACCGGUGUCGGGUUCGAAGCCCCAGCUGAUCGAGCGGCUGAAGCCCUUCACCGAGUCCUCGAGCGGCAACGUCACCUCGAGCUCCAACGGCCAGCACGUCACCAAGAUGGGCCAUAUUCUCAUGGACACGCCCGCGCCCAUGUCCGCCGACGAGUCGAGCUCCCACAAGAGCCCCAACUCGCCCAAGGAAGAGCCGGUCAACAGUCCGAGGAUCGACUCGCCGCACGGCAGCGAGCAGGACGACUCCUCGAGUCCACCAGACAACAUCGCCACGGAGCAGCAGUACCGCAAGAGGAUCAGCGAGCUCCAGCGCGAGCUGCUGCAACUGCGCACGCAGCAGCAGUUUCAGCAGUUCCAGAACCAUCCGGUGCGUACGGAGAAGCUCAUGCUGCAGCAGCACCUCCAGAACAAGAUGCAGCAGCAAAUGCUCACGCGCACCCUGCAGCAGCUCCAGCAGGAGCAGCUGCAGCAGCAGAAGAACCAGCAGCAGGCCCAGCAGCAGGCCCAGCACCUCGCUUUCCAGCAGCACAACGCCAAGGCCAGCCUCGCCGCCUUCCUCCAGGCUCAGCCGAACAACGCGGCGGCCAUCAUCGACUCGGCCACCCUCACGGCCAUCAACAACAAGAAGAACCAGACCAAAAACUGCAACGGCACCACUACCGUGCAGGUGCCCGCUGCCAUCGUUCUCAAUCUGGCCAAGACCACCAAGAUCAACGGCUCGCUACUCGGCGCGCUGGUCGCUCAAGCCCAGAGCCAGCAGCAGCAGCAACAACAACAACAGCAGCAGCAGCAGCAGCAGCAGCAGCAACAACAACAACAACAACAACAACAGCAGCAGCAGCAGCUCGUCUCGAGCGCCGAGGACGUCAAGCCGCCUCCGCCCCAGUACGACGAAGCUGCCAAGCUGCUGAAGGUUAAGAUCGAGCCGGUGCAAAAGAGUCCGGUCAAGAGUCAGAUGGUGGACGACGUGCUGGAGAUCCUGAUCAACAGCGGCGAGCUGCCACCGAGUGCGGCGCAGGACCCACUGACCCCGACGACGCCGAACCGCCAGAUACCGCAGAGCCUGGUGCUGAGCGCUGCGGCCGACAGCCCGACGCAGUCCCUCGUUUUCGCCGCUGCCAGCCCCAUGGACGUGACGCAGAGCGAGUGCGGCAGCCCCGCGCCCCAGGCGCAACCUCCCCCGCCGCCCCCGCUGCCCCUCGCCACCUUCAGCGUUCAGCUGCCCAGCGCGCUUCAACAACAGCAGCAGCAACAGCAACAGGACAAGCUGUCGAGUUUCACGACGGACCUGCUGGGCUCGGAGGCCGAGCUCGAGGCGGCGAUGCUGCUCAGCCCGCAGUCGGUCCAUCAGAACUCGCCCGAUCCCCAGCCCCCGCAGGAGGUCACCUCAUCCGACAACGCCAAUUUGGAUCUCAAGGAGUUGGGCUUGGACCUGGACACGAUGGACUUCGGCCAGCUGGACUGCGACUUCGGCGACAAGAUGGAGACGCCCCAGGAGUUCAUGGACAUCGGCGACAUGCCCAUGGACAUGGACGAGCCCGACUGGCUCGAGUCCCUCAUGCCCCAGUCGCCGCCUUCCUCGGUCACCACGACCACGUGCGCCAGUACACCUACCCUGAACCAUCACACGACCUCCUCAUCCUCGCAGGCGAACAACGAUCUCUAUGACCCGCUGCUUGGCAACAGUCAGGAUCCCUUCGACGAUCUCUUCAACAUCGAGGACUCCGACUUCAAGAUGUCGUCCGAUCUACCCCUCACCUGGGACAACGGACAGGUCGACUUCGCCACCUAGCCGGAGCCUAAUCGGCCAUCCGCCGCUAGCUGGGGCUUCACCUUGUGUACUUAAACGCCGACGACGCUUCGGACACGUACUGCAUGUACAAUGUAUACAGGCCCACUCGUCUUAGGUUAGAUCGUGUAAGGACUCUUUUUUUAUAGUGACAAUGGGUGUUGCCUACGAAUUAUAUACUUACCGCAAUAGCUCGAUUGGCUUUGCGUGAUUAUCAUUGUAAACCCUGUUGCGUGUAUGCCUCUAUGCCUGAUAAGAUGACAAACUAUGUAGACUUGUCUCGCGUACGUCGAUCGCGGUUUAUCCAUUGUACUUUAUUGUAAGAUUUUAGCGCUACGUUCGCUUUCGCAUCUUGCCGAUUGCCGUCUUUUCCGUAUCGAAUUUUCGAUGCUUGAAAAUUGUAUCUCGUGUGUACAGAAUGACAGACGCAAAAUCGGCAAUCGGAAGGCAAAUGACCUUGUCCCUGUGACACUGAGUUCACAUGCCAGAAGCGCGACCCGAGCCUUUAGUUAAGCCAGUUAAGAAAAUCAGUGAAUGAAAUUCUCUCCAAAGAAAACCCCCGAGAAACUAGAGAAAAACAAUCGCGUCUAGCAUUAGCAUCGAGAGCCUGCUACCGCGGUGUGCUGCUUGAGUUCUUAAGACCGUAACGCCUAUAACCCCUCGAGAACAAACGAUAAAAAUGUUAUCCUAAUAAUAAUGUAUAAUAUUAUUUUUAACAAAUAUGAAGCUACGCAUAUUAGUCGACAUAUAUAGGCACAGGUGCAAAUAUAUAUGUAAAGCAAGAGCAUGUGAUGUUCAAAAAUUGAGCAUGUAAACGUUUUCAAAAUAAUAACUGCAUGACUUUUCGAGUUUUUUAGGCGGGAAACGAUAUUUAAUCAAGAGAAAAUAUAGAGGAAAAAAACAAAAACAAAAAAAUCGUACUGCCUGUCAGAUAGCGGUCGCGGUCGUUUAUCUGAUGCUUCUUCUCCUAUCAACUUCAAUUUCGUAAUAAUAAUGUGUUGCUGAUUCUCUUCAACGUUUCGUGUACUAGCCUACAUCCAUUUAACAUCUGAAAUUCACAUCCAAUUUUUCUUGUGACAUUCCAGUGUUUUUCUCUUUUUCUUUCAACACUGAAGCUUCUUUAUCAACGUAUCUAAUAAGAAAAUGCUUGAGUAGUGAAAUUAAUAAAUCUUGUUAUCUAGAAUUAACGAUCGCGACGGCCAUCACUGUGGCUAUAUUACUAAUAUUACAAUAAUGUAACCAGCGAGUGUAUUCGAAUUUCCAUCAUCCUCGAUGUCAUUCAUCAUUAUUAUUUUUUACGAAUCGAGUGUUUGUGUCCGUAAGAAUAAUUGUUGAAACCCAUGUGCUCUUGCGGGAUACAGAAAUUAUUGUUUGUGCAAUUCAUAGAUAAAAAUAGCUAAUCGCUAAUAAAAAAUUUAUGUUUGCUAUUUCUCGCAACACUUUUUUCAUCUACGAACUAAAUGUUAAACUUAAAAUAUUUAUUCUCAUUUUAGAUUAAAAAAAAUCAUAUUAUAACUGCGAGGCUCGUUUCUAUAGCGUAAUAUAUUUUCUCCUGAAUAGAAAAUUUCCACUGAAAUAAAAAUUAAAAACGUGAAAAAAAUCUGCCAAAAAUAAUAAUAAUGGUCAACAUUCCAGACGAUCGACGGACAAUUCCUAAAGUCUUGAUGAGCCUAUACUUACCCGUACAUUACAUGUAUGUUCCUCGUUCCAACUUAUCUCUAUUGUCUUUUUAAUAGCGAGUUUCGUAGAGGUUUUUAUAAGUGCAUUUAGAACGGAAGCAUGAACAUAAACGCAUAAAUUAACUCAUUGACUAUAAUAUAUGGCUCGGACUUCUUUAUCAUUCUCUGCAUUUAUGUAUACUCCUUUUCAUCCUAUUUCGUACUUAGAAACAACUAUUGGUCCGUCAAGUAGAGCAUUUCAGUGGAAAUAAAAAACGCUUUGAAACUAACCUCGAUAAAUACAAAAAAAUGUUUAGUUUAAAUCUUCUGUGCUUCAAGAAAUCGGCCGUUAUCAUUAUUUUGUAUCGAUAACAGAAAGUAUUUGCGCUUGGUUCAAGUAAACAAAUAUAAUCUAACAAUAUUUUUACACUAAAACAAAAAAAAAAAAUGCAUGAUCUAGAUCUUAUUAGAAUGGGAGUUUCAAGCGCUAUUAAAUAAGGUAGCGACCGAUUUUCAAUUUUAACACUUAUUUUGCCAUGACAAUAAAAAUUUAUUGUUUUUUGUAAUAUAUUGUAAUAUAAUUACGAAUGGUGCAGUAGAAUGCGAUAGAUAAUAAAAUGGUAAUCAGUUUUUUAGUUUACUUGAAAAAAAAAACAAUACAAAAGCUAAGGUCACAUGAGAUUAUUCACGUGCAAAGGCGCUGAGAUCCAGGUGCUUUAUUUUUUGAACGCCCUUUUAAAAUUAAGGCGCAAAUGCGAUACAGAUAUUAUUAUUAUAACUAUUAUUAUUAUUUAAAGAAUUAUUGCUGUAAUCAUUAUUAUAAUAAUUAUUAUUAUUAUUAUCAGUACUAUUCUUAUUAUUAUUGUAAUUAUUAUCAUUAUUAUUAUGAUUGUACGAAUCGAAAAUGCUAUUCAUCGCGAUUGUGUGAAUCAUCGAGUUUUGUUUUAUGGCUCAUGAAGUUGCGCAUAAUUGAUUAUCUGUCAGGCUGUGCAAAUCUGGUAGUCUGCCAUCAUAUCUAGGUGUUCUGACCUUCUUCCGUUUUGCACGCGGUCUCGUGAAUUUUGAAAAUUCUUCCUCUUGAUGCGCUUACCAAUAUGACGAAAUCAAAAAUGUAUAAAAAGCCCUCGCGUGUUCAAGAGCCAAGCGCGUGCAAAAUCGACGUUUUUGAGAAGAACUGUGUGAGAAGCGAGGAAGAAAAAUGUUAAAAACAAAUGUAUUUUGUAAUUUUUACGACCGAAAGGUGGAAUGAUGUGCGUUUUGUUAAGCAUUGAAUCAAUUUUUGAUUAUUCGGAUAGUUCUAAGUAACGGUCGAGUAUAUAAUUAUUAAUAAUAUUAUUAAUAUUAUUAUAUUGCUAGAGAGAGAGAGAGAGAGAGAGAGAGAGAGAGAGAGAGAGAGAGAGAAAGUGUUAUUUAUUUUUAUUUGUUGCGAAUUGAUCGAUUGCCUUCCAUUUAAGUAAAUCAAUAAAUAAAUAAUUAAAGAAAAAA